GAUGAAAUUUGGACUCAAUUUUUUUGCAUCACGUGACACACACGUUUUUCCAGAAUUGUGCCUCAAGACAAUCACCUAGUUGAUGUGAUGUAUAAGUAGGCGAGGAAGUGUCGUCAGGAGUCAUUAAUAAUUUUUCAACGAUGGUGUGAGAAACCGUAUAUGCACGUGUCUCACGACGAAAUACUUUAUCAGACGCGAUUGGAGGGCUAAUCGCCAUUAUUGAAGUGGGCCCCCCCGAUAGUGGUAGUCAAGAGAAGGAGUACUCGUUGUUAGCCCGAGGCACGAUCAUCAUUGUCGUCAGACAGUCUGGAUGACAAUGUGCGAAGAUCAACGUUGAGGGGGACGUGGUAUAAAGUCAUUGUUGAGAGGCUGAUUGCAAAUUGCCUGGGGUGAUUGUCCCCUCGAUCAAUCCUCAAUACAUCCAUUGGUGGGAAAAUGAUGGAUCAUGUGAUGAAAUAGAAGGAAAAAAUUACAAGAAUUUUGCCAUUUACUUCAUCCCCUCACAAAGUGAGACAUGUUUCUGGCGAGUGUAUUUCAACGAGAAAAACAACAAUUCAGGCGUUCACGAGCCAGAUCGAACAGGGUAAAUUCAAAAGUUAAUUGCAUAUAGAAGACAACUACAGCUCUUGCAUCGGGUAUAAAUCUUCCAAGAUAACGAAAUCAUAAAGACGACAAAGACGGGGUAAGGGAAUUUUAGCUGAGCGUUUGAUGAUCGUUUUGUUCAGUGUAUCAUUGAGUGAGUGACAGGAUAUGUCGCCGGAAGAUACUGAAAACACUGGUAAAUGUGAAUACACUAUGGAAAUGCAAACAGUGGAAAUUAAAGAUUUCAAUACAACAGCAACUUAUAAAGAAAAAAAUGGUGUUUUGGAUCCAAUACUCAAGCCGGCCAGACUCAAGGAGGGUCAAAAAAUUUUCCAAUGCCUAUCGACAUUGAUAGUUGGUAUUAUGGCAAUGCAGAGCGGAAUGACAUUGAGCUGGACAUCACCGACAAUACCAUAUUUGGAAUUGAAUACAUCGUUUCUUGGUGGUCUCGAUGGUAGUCAAGUGUCCUGGGUCAGUUCAUUAAUGCCACUGGGUGCGGUUCUCGGUGCGUUACCAGCGGGAAUGAUAGCCGAUUCUAUUGGACGAAAAUUAGCAUUAAUGAUAACAACAAUUCCCCUACUGUUAUCCUGGCUAAUGAUCAUAUUUUUACGUAGUUUAAAUAGUUUGUAUGCCGCGAGAUUUAUGGGAGGCAUUGGAUCUGGAGCAGUGUGUGUUCUAGUACCUCUGUACAUUGGCGAGGUUGCUGAACCCUCGAUUCGUGGUGCCCUAGGAUCAUGCUUCGCACUGUUAUUCUCUACCGGUGUUGUUUUUAUCUACAUCGUUGGUGCCUACACCAACUAUAUUAUCCUCAAUAUCGCUUGCUGUGGUAUGCUUGUACCAUUUCUACUAUCUAUUUACUUUCUUCCUGAAUCGCCAAUAUGGCUUGUUCAAAAUAAUCGCAUAAAGGAGGCGGAAAAAUCACUCAGUAUUUUGAGGGGUAGAUUUUACGAGCCCAAAUUGGAGAUAACUAUACUCCAGGAAGAGGCUGAUCGGGUCGAGAGAAGCCGUGGGGGUUUUAGGGACUUAAUUGGUACACGUGCUGGAAGAAAGGCCAUUGGUACAUGUCUCGGGCUCAUGUGGUUCCAACAGAUGUGUGGAAUUGAUGCUGUUCUAUUUUAUACUGUUAAAAUCUUCCAGGAAGCUGAGAGCUCCAUUGAUCCCUUUUUAGCUACCAUCAUAAUCGGACUUAUUGAAGUCGUUAUGGCAGCUGUUGUCGCAGUUACUAUUGAUAAAUUUGGAAGAAAACCAUUGCUCGUAUUAUCUGGCACUGCUAUGACACUUUGUCUGGGUGUACUUGGGUACUAUUUCAAACUCCAGAGUGAUGGCUUUGAUGUGAGAUCUAUUGCCUGGUUACCCCUAACAUGUCUUGCUCUAUUUAAUGUUGUUUUUAGUCUUGGAUUCGGAUCUGUACCAUUCGCUGUCAUUAGUGAAUUGUUCCCUCCAGAGACGAAAGGUGUAGCUAUCAGUAUGUCAAUUAUUGUUAAUUGGACACUAGUAUUUGUUGUCACUAAAUUUUAUCCACCGAUGAUUGAUCUCAUUGGACAAGCCAAAACUUUCUGGUUUUUUUCACUCAUGGCGUGUUCAUCAGCGGUCUUUUCAUUUAUAUUUGUGCCAGAGACUAAAGGAAAAACACUCCGCGAAAUUCAGACUAAAUUGUCCAUCAAAAGAUCUUCAAGUAAAAAAGUUUCUACCGUAGAAGCAACUUGAUAAUCCCGAGGGACUAUUGUGAUUCAACAGACUGAUCCGUUAGAUCAUUUUUUUACGGAAUCUAUCAUAAUGAAUUUUUAUCAAUCUGCGAUAUUUAUCCACCGGUUUUAUCUAUAGUUAUAUAUAUAAUAUAGAUUUAGAGUCAUUAAUGUCAAUGUAUACAGUGCCAUAUCUUUGUUCAAGUAGUAGUAAUAAAUAAUAAAUCAAGUAAUA